AUGUAUGAAAAUAAACAUAUGGAAGAAUUUGAAAAAGGUAGGCAUAAAGUAAAAAAUGAAGUAAUUCAUUUAGAGACUCUUAUGGAAUCAAGUAAAAAAAAUUAUGUUGAUGACAUCCUAGAUGAGAUAAGUGAUGAUGAUACUAUAUGUGAAGAAAAAAAAGUAAAUAACAAUGAAAAUGAUUAUUAUUAUAUAAACGAUAUAAUAAAAAGAAAUUAUCCAUUAGAGUAUGAAGAAAAUAAUAUAUACCCAAAAAUAUAUUGUUAUGAACCAACAAAUUUCGAAAAGUUUAAAAAAAAAAUAAAAAAUAAAAAUGAGUUAAGGCAUUAUGAAUGUUAUUCUUCUACUAUGAAUGAAUUUUUUUAUAAAUAUAAUGAAAAUUAUUAUUAUGAUAUUUUAAAAAAUGAAAGUUUUAAAAAAUUUGCGGAAGAAUUAUGGUCAAAUAGAAGCACUAUAAAAACAGAAACACAAUAUCAAGAACUAUGUAUAAAAUUAAGAAAAAAAUAUAAGGUUAGUCCAUCUAAACAUCAAAUCAGUGUGGCUUUGCAACAUUAUUAUUUGCAAACUUUAAAUAGUCAAAACGAAGAUAAAACCAACGAUAUCGAUAUAAAAAUAAAUAAUUCAAAAGAAAUGGCAAAUGAUGAUGAUACAAAUUUGGAUAAAAAUGAAAAUGAAAAUAAUGAUGAUAAAAAUAUAAAACAAUGUGAAAAUAUGAAUAAUGAUGAUAAAAAUAUAAAACAAUGUGAAAAUAUGAAUAAUGGUGUUAAAAACCUAAAUGAAAUUGAAAAUUUAAGUGAUAAUGAAAAUAAUGAAGAUGAUGUAAUCAUAAAUAAAAAAGGAAAGGAUGUCAAAUUUGUUAUGGAAAAUGUAAAUAAGAUGAUAAUUACUAAAGAGAUGAAAAAUUAUAAAGAUUUAGAUUUAGAAAGUGUUCAAUUUUUGCAAAUAAAUAAACGUAAAGGAGUUAGAUCAAAUAGUGGUGUAUUGGUAAUAACAUUAAUAACUCAUCCACAUAAAUUUAGUUGUAAGUAUGAUUGUCAUUACUGUCCCAAUGAGCCAAAUCAACCAAGAUCUUAUUUAUCAACUGAGCCAGCUAUUUUAAGAGCUAAUCAAAAUAAUUUUGAUGUAAUUUGUCAAUUUUUCAAUAGAACAACUACUUUAGUAAAUAAUGGUCAUGUUCCAGAUAAAAUUGAAGUGUUAGUUUUAGGUGGAACAUGGAGUUGUUAUGAUGUAGAAUAUCAAGAAGAAUUUAUAAGAGAUGUAUAUUAUUCUGCAAAUAUUUAUCCUGUUUUAAAAAAUAGAAGAAAAAAACUAAGUUUAAAAGAAGAACAAGAAAUAAAUGAACUGAGUAAUUGUAGAAUAAUUGGAUUAACUUUAGAAACGAGACCUGAUCAAAUAAAUAAAAAUGAAUUAUUGAGAUUAAGAUAUUAUGGUUGUACAAGAGUUCAGUUGGGUAUUCAACACACUGAUGAUUUUAUUUUAAAAAAAGUAAAUAGGCAAUGUACUGUUAAAGAUUGCAUAAGGGCUAUAUAUUUGUUAAAAGAAAAUGGUUUUAAAGUAGAUAUUCAUUUAAUGCCAGAUUUACCAUAUUCUAAUGUAUAUAAAGAUAUUGAUAUGUUUAAAUAUAUUUUAAGUUCAACUGACUUGCAAGCUGAUCAAUGGAAGAUAUAUCCUUGUGAGGUUACUCCUUUCACUAAAAUUGAAAAAUGGUAUAAUAAUAAUGAAUAUAAACCAUAUUUUGAAAAUGAUAAAAAUUUAUUAAUAUGUUUAAUUCUUCUUGUAAAAAAAUCAAUUCAUCCAUGGAUAAGAUUAAAUAGAGUUAUCCGAGAUAUUCCAAACCCUUCUAUUAUUGCUGGUAAUAAUAUUACUAAUAUGAGACAACUAAUAACUCAUGAAAUGAAUAUAAGAAAUGUUUUUUGUCAAUGUAUAAGAUGUAAAGAAAUUAAAAAUCAAGAAAUUGAAAAAAAUAAGAAUUCUAUUUUUUUAAAAAUUUAUAAAUAUCCAACUUUAGGAGGUGAUGAAUUUUUUAUUACUUUUCAAGGAAAAAAAAUUCUGAACAAUUCAGAAAAAAGUAGUAAAUUAAAAAAAAAAAAUAAGAAUAAAAAAAAAAUGUCAAACAUAAAUGAAGAAAAGUUCAAUAAUAAUAAUAUUAAUAAUAAUGAUAAUAUUAUUAAUAAUAAAGAAAAUUUUAUAUCUGAUAAUAAAAAAAAUAAUACUUAUAAAAAUGAAAAUGAAGUGAAUCUUAAUGGUAAAAAUAGUAAUUUUUGUAAUUAUAAAGAGAAAUCAGAAAAAUUAAAUUCUGAUAAUUUGGAGAAAAUAUAUAAUAACAAUUAUGGUGAUGAUGAUGAUGAUGAUUAUGAUAAUAAAUAUGCCUUAUUAGGUUUCUUAAGAUUACGAUUAAGACAUAAAAAUAAUUUUUGUGAUGAUAGACCUUUUAAAUGUUUGGAAAAUUCAUCCUUAAUUAGAGAAUUACAUGUAUAUGGCUCACUAUUAAAGCAUGAUGAUUUUAAAGAUGAAUUAAAUUUUAUUCAACACAAAGGAUUAGGAAAAUGCCUAGUUUUAGUUGCAGAAAUUAUUUCUUAUUUUUAUAAUUAUAAAAAAAUGUCUAUUAUUGCUGGUGUUGGCACAAGGGAAUAUUAUAAAAAAUUAGGUUAUUCUAAAGAAGAAACAUAUAUGACUAAAACCUUAAAGAAAGAAGACAUUUAUAAAAAUUAUUUAUUGAAUUUUGAUAAAAUAGGAGAUAAAAUAAUUAUUAACAAUUAUAAUCUGAAACAUUGCCUUUAUUUAAUGCACAAAAAAACACCAGAACCACCAAAAUACAAACGAAGUGAAAUAAAUGAUUUAAAUUUAUAUAUUAAUGAAAAUAUUAUUCCAUUAAAUUCAAGUAAUUAUUUAUCUUAUAAAGAUAAAUGCACAAUUUCUAUAAUAGAUAUUCAAAGUUUAUUAACAAGUAAUAAAAUUACUGAUUUCUUAAAUAUUCUUAAAAAACUAACUACAAAUUAUAUAGUUAAAAAUCGUAUUAUUUUUAGUUUAUCGACUUUUGUGUUUUUUAGUACUGCAUUUAUGUUUUCCCUUAAUUUUUUAAAAAAAAAGAAAAUUAAUAUUGUAUAA